UUGGCUGUCAUGGAAACAGCGAAGUUGUCUAGGUGUCUGUUUAAGUACACACUUCUAUGCGUUUGUUGGGUCGUACAUUUCGCAUUCGUGCGCUCCAAUCUACAGCUGGACACUUAUAAAGGGCUGAAAGGAAUCCAGCUUUGAAGAACGCCGCCUCCCUGACAUCACACCCCUGCCCGUGUGCGUACUUAAAACUCGACCCGGCACGGCGCGCUGGGUAUCAGCCACAUAUCUGUGAGAGGAGUAAGAGAAAGUCGGGGAAACACACAGCCCUCGUCUUGUGUGGCGAGCUUGGAGGACGCGUACAUACCGCAAACGGGGUCAGAUUCAGCCGGUAGCCCCUCGCCUGAUUUUUCACCAUAUUACUAUAAAAACAACAACAAAAAACAACUUGAUUGGAAUAUCGUCUGUCCUGCAUCACCUGCCCAGACCGGACAGUCGUCGGGCAGCCACGUUGCUUUGCCCGACCUGUCUCAGACAAACGUGAGGAGACUUCAGCAGCCGAACCCCAUGAUUGCAGUGCACUCGACGCAUUAAUUCGACGACCAAAAAUGAUGUUUGCUUUGAUUACGCUGCUGUUGGCACUUGGCGCAGGGUGCCUGCCUCUGUCUUCUUCUGAAAAUCAGGUGACCGACUGUGUGAUGGAGGUGCAGUCGGAACGUCUGAAGGGUGACAGUGACUCGUUGCAGGCGGCCUGCUCCAGCAAACCACAGACAGAGGAGAAGCUGGACGCUGCUCAGAGACAUCAGGGUCUGCUGAGAGAGCUGCAGGAGUUGGCCCAGCGUGAGAAGGAAAAAGAGAAGGAGUACGAGAGAGAGAAACAGGAGUAUGAGAGGAAGGAGAUGGAGGGAGAACGUAAGAGGGGUGGGGAGGAGAAAAGGCAGGAACAGUCCGUGUACACAGAGACCGAGGUGACCGAGAAACAGAAGCUGAAGGAAGGGAAGGGCGUGGAUCACGGAGAUGAAGAGGAGGAGGAAGAGGAGGAGCUGCUGGAAGAAAUGAAGAAGAAGCGAGGGAGCGAGAAGAGGAGUGAGGGAGAGCUGGAGGAAGUGCUGGAGGACCUGGAGAGGAAGAGAAGCGAGGAAAGAAAGAGGAACGAAGUGAAGGUCCCGGAAGAUAAGAAGACGAGGGAGAGGGAGCUGAAAGACCUGCUGGAGGAGGUGGAGAUCAAAAGAAGGAGGGAAAAGGAAAAGGAAAAAGAGAGGGAGGAAAAGGAGGAGGAGCUGGAGGACCUGCUGAGGAAGAUGAAGCACGUGAAAGAGAAUGUGGAAGAGAGGGAGCUGGAGGAAAGGGAGAGGGACAAGGAGAGGGAGAGAGAGAAGAAGGAAGAGCUGGAGAGGGGGAGAGAGUGGGAAAGGGAAAGAGAGAGAGAGAGGGAAGAGAGGGACCCGCAGCAGAAGCGAGUGAUGGAGAAAGUGUCUGACGAAGCCACUCAUCAGUUUGAGAGGGAGAGAUUUCAGAGCCACAGCCCAGAGAGAGAGAGAGAAGAGGAGGAGGAGGAAGGAGAGGAGCUGCUGGAGAUUGAGGCGGAGCUGCGCAGAGUGGCCGCCGAGCUGCGGGAGCUGCGCAGAGGAUGAGCGGCGACCCGGGCCAGACGCCCCACACAACACGUACCCACACACACCGCCACACCCAGAAACACACCGCAUCACCGUCCUUCAGCACUGGUCCUCAGGGAGUGAGGUGCAGCCCAGCCAUCUCUCCAGCUUUUAUAAGGCAGUUCAAUCAAAGUUUAAAUGGCUGAGUUUAACCCUUGUCAAGCUGUAAUAAGCUGCUGGAUGCACCAUGGCAGUCAAAGACUAGAGCUGAAGGACCAUGAAGCACUGCAGCUAACAACAGCUAAUAUACAAAUGCCCACUCACACACACACACACAUACACACACACACACACACACAUACACACACACACACACACA